AUGUUCCUCGUCCUCCUCCCGGGACUGUACCUGUGCACAGGUGUGCUCCUGUCGUCGUCGGUGAGCGCGUGCCCGUCGCAGUGCAGCUGUUUUUACCACAACCUGAGUGACGGAUCCAAGGCCAGGAGCGUUAUCUGCAACGACCCCGAGAUCUCCCUUGUGCCUGCCGGGUUCCCCGUUGACACGUCCAAGUUGCGGAUCGAGAAGACGGCGAUCCAGCGGAUCCCCAGCGAAGCUUUCCACUACCUCUCCAGUCUGGAGUUCCUGUGGAUGUCCUUCAACACGCUGUGCGUCCUCAGCCCGGACAGCUUCCGCGGCCUCUUGAACCUGGAGGAGCUCCGCCUGGACGGCAACGCCCUCACCUCCUUCCCCUGGGAGUCUCUGGUGGACAUGCCCAGCCUCCGACUGCUCGACUUGCACAACAACCAGCUGACCUCACUCCCCGCGGAGGCCACCGCGUACAUCAGAAACCUGACCUACCUGGAUCUAUCCAGCAACAGCCUGCUCACUCUGCCGGCGGAGGUGCUCUCCACCUGGCUGGCGGUCAGACCCACGCAGGGGCCCGAGAGCUCCAAAAUGAUACUCGGUCUUCACGAUAACCCUUGGGUGUGUGACUGUCGCCUGUUCGACCUGGUCCAGUUUCAGAAGUCCCCGACCCUCUCAGUAGCCUUCAUCGACACGCGGCUCCGUUGCUCGGCCCCGGAGAGCUUGUCGGGGGUCCUGUUCAGCGAUGCCGAGCUGCGGAGCUGCCAGCUGCCCCGCAUCCACACGGCGGUGGCGCGGGUCCGCAGCGCCGUCGGUAACAACGUGCUGCUGCGCUGCGGCACCAUCGGAGUCCCCAUCCCCGACCUGGCAUGGCGCAGGGCUGACGGGAGAGCCAUCAAUGGGUCAGUCCAGCUGGAGAAUUCGAAGGAGGGAAUCACCUGGUCCAUCCUAAGCGUCCCGGCUGUGUCAUAUCGUGAUUCAGGGAAAUACGUUUGCAAAGCCACUAACUACGCGGGAAGUGCCGAGGCCGUCAUCUCUCUCAUGGUCUCCAACACACCGAAACCAGAGGGAAACCAAACUAGCACUGAUAAGAAACCCAAAGCCAAGAAACCCAACCAAAUGGGCAAAGCUGCCUAUCAGGAAAAACUGGUGGCCAGAUAUGUGGUACCAACCUCCACGCCUCCAGCCCCGCCUGCACUGGAGCCAGGCCCACCACCCGGCCCCGGGCCUGGUGCUGGGAUGGCCAGUUACAGCCUAGCUGACCGAGCCACGCCUGGGCCUGGCACCUCCUCAGGCCCAGACGGGCUGCUGGAUCUGGAGAAGACCAAUCUCAGCAACCUGGCGGCCAACACCUCAUCCCUUCAGCAGGACCCGGACAGGGUGGUCCGCUCUGUAAAGGUGGUGGGUGACACAGACAAUACCAUCUCUCUGAAUUGGAGAGCUCCAAAGGCUAAGAACACAACAGCAUUUAGCGUGCUAUAUGCUGUGUUUGGGGAGCGGGACAUGAGGAAGAUCAAUGUUGGGGCGGGGCAGAACCGCGUAACUAUUGAGGGGCUGGUGCCCAGGACCAAGUACAUCGCCUGUGUGUGUGUAAGGGGGCUGAUCCCUAAGAAGGAGCAGUGUGUCAUAUUUUCUACAGACGAAGCAGCCAGUGCCACCGGUACCCAAAAGCUAAUUAACGUUAUCGUGAUCACAGUGGCCUGCGUCAUCGCGGUGCCGCUCACUGUCAUUGUGUGCUGUGGUGCGCUGAAGAGGCGCAUCCAGAAGUACUGGGGAAAGAAGUCCAAGGACAUACAGGACUCGUACGUGACCUUUGAAACGCUGUCGCCCGGCACAAAAGCCAAAGGGCUGGAGGGUGAGUAUCUGACCAGACUGAACCCAGAGGAGUCCAACCGACUGCUGUCGGCCCGCUCCAGCCUGGACUCCGAGGCCACAGCUAAGAUCGAGGGACAGCCCAACGAGUACUUCUGCUGA